AUGCUACCACCAGAGAUACCUGACAGCACUAUGUCGAAGUACAUCCGCACCAUUGCUUAUGAGCUGACCGAGGUGCUCCCUGCUAGGAAGAUGGCCGAGUUCAAUAUCCCCGAUGCCAACGGCUGCAUGUCGUGCAAGCGCAGCCAGAUCGAAGCUCGGAUCCUCGAACUUGCGUCUAACAUCACGAACGCAAAGUACGCGGCGAAGUCGUAUUCGAGCUUCCACGUCUGGGAGGCGUUCCGUCAUGUCAAGUCGAAGCGGGCAGCUCGUGCUGUUGCACUAGACUUGAUCGCUUCCAUGCAUCCGUUUGGCAACUGCCUGACUAUGGCGUCUGAGUGUGCUGAGGAACUCCGUGCUGCACUGGAAGUCGAGGGUCCCGAGUAUGCCGAGUAUGUAAGUCGAGUGCAAUUCGUGACCAACAACUGGACCCAGCGAGCUCAAUCUUCUCGCGACUAUCACUGCAUAGCCAUCGUCCGGCUGCCGACACAAUGUAUCGUUGUCGACGCCGUAAACUGUGACACGGCUUUCGCGGUGCCUCUGGGUGAGGUGUUGUCCCCGCCCGGCUGUUCGUCGAUUGGACUUGUCUAUGUAGCAUCUGGUGACGCACGGCUGCUAGUCGAGUGUGGACCCGUUUCCCCAUGCUAUACACUUGCGCGCCCGUACUCUCAAGGCGUUUUUGAAUACGACGAUCCCUACGCUGAUAUCAAAGACGGCCUCGUAGGAGGUGUCCAGAACCUCGCGUGGCCCUCGAAGAACUACCACAUACGAGGUAAGCUACCCAGUCGAUGCACAACGUUCGUCCACCAAGUCUGGGAGCAAAAGCCAAGCUUUGCACACGUUGAGCUUGCGGCGGGAACAGAGGUUGUGGUCGAGACUUGUCUGACGCGGGUCGACUUCGUAAAGCGUAAGAUCGCAGUCGAGCUCAUCCCAUAUGUUGAUUGGCUGAUGCGCCCGGAGAACGCAGGGUUGCUGGAGCGGUUGCGAAGACGCGGCGAGGUCAUGUUGUCUGAAGACGGAGAGAUGUUUGCUAACGUUGAAGUUGAUCUGGGUGGCCAAGGAACGUAUGGGUUCGACACGAAGGCAGUCCAGAGUCUUGGAUUGUUAGACGAGGUGUGUGGGAAGUUGGGUAUGCCAGAAGGUGAGAUAUCGCGGAUUGCUGUUGUCAUGCAGGAGGUAUGGGCGGAGCAUGACGAAGCAAAGGGACGGCCGGCCGGUCGUCAAUGGAAGGAAUUGUGUACACAAACGAAGCAGGUAGCCGCGAAGGUGACGACGCAGUCGUGUUCACGUGAGGUUGGAAAGACACAUCGACCUCGGACCAGCGACAAUCGCAAGGUGCCGUAUUAA